GGUAUGGAUUUUCGUUUUAUUAAAAAGUAUAUUUAUUAAAAUGUUGACUUUAAUAAUAUGUAAUUCCGUAUUUUAGUUCAUUUUAUUCUGAGUAACAGGAUUAUCGUAUUUUCCAUCUGAUUGAUUUCUUGAGAUCACGUGAUCGCCUCCGUUUUCUCUGCAUGGCACGUCAGUGUUUAUUGGGGUGAGCAGACAUGCUGACAUGGACUUUUAUUAAGUUAAACAGAUAUACAGAAUGAGGAUGAAGAGCAAACGGGACUUUUCAGGAUCUGUCCUUUGAGACGGCUCGAUUACAGCUGACCUCAAUGAGUGACGUCAAUGUCGGAUUAACUUUAUGAAGUUGUUUGCUAUAUGAAAGCAGCAGGAAUGGAUCAGGAUAUGGUGAAUAUGUUUGCCAUUGCUGCAGGGACUCUUGCUAUUCCUCUGCUUCUCUUCAUGGCCUCCUUUAUGCUGUGGCCAUCAUCACUCAUCAAAGUCUAUUACUGGUACUGGCGGAGAACUCUGGGUCUGCAGGUGCGUUAUGCAGACUGUGCUGGUUAUCGCUUCUGUUACUCACACAGAGGGAAACCAGGCCUCAGACCCUCUAUACUGAUGCUGCACGACUUCUCUGCUCAUAAAGACACGUGGCUGCCCAUGCUGAAGUACCUUCCCAAACAUCUGCAUCUGCUGUGUGUCGACAUGCCAGGACAUGAGGGCACAACGCGUACCAACACAGACGACUAUUCAAUCCAGGGUCAGGUCAAAAGAAUACGUCAGUUUGUAGAGACCAUUAGACUGAACAGAAAGCCGUUUCACCUUGUGGGCACAUCAAUGGGUGGCACUGUGGCAGGAGUGUAUGCAGCCUGUCACCCCUCUGAUCUCUGUGGUUUAACUCUCAUCUGUCCUGCCGGUCUGAAGAACCAAAACGAAAGUAAGUUUGACUGUCAGAUGCAUGAUGUGGAGCACAGCCACUACACACUCGAUAUUCCACUUAUUCCCUCCACUCCUGAGGAGAUGGAGGAGAUGCUGAAGCUCUGCUCGCACGUGCGCUUCAGAGUCCCUCAACAGAUUCUCCAAGGCCUGGUGGAUGUACGAAUACCGCACAAUGACUUUUAUCACAAGGUGUUCAUGGAAAUUAUGAGUGAAAACUCUAAAUAUGCUUUGCAUGAGCAUCUACAGCAAAUAACUACCCCUGUACAAGUCAUCUGGGGCAAGCAGGACCAGGUGGUGGAUGUGUCUGGGGCAGCAGUGAUCGCAGAGGCUUUUCCAGGCUGUCGUGUUGAUCUGCUGGAAAAUUGCGGUCAUUCAGUUGUGAUGGAGCGACCACGACAAACAGCCAAACUCAUUUUCGAUUUCAUCAUCUCUCAGCAGGGCAUAGAGAGCGUCAGCGUGAAGAAGAAAUCUUGAGAUCUGCCGUCACACGCAUACUGCAUAAUACUUUUUCCAGAAGUAUGUAAUAAACUAAGAAAGAAUACUAAUAUUCAUACAAGGAUUCGGCAGUAUGUCCACCUUCAAAGUCUUUAGAUCCAUUU